AUGGAGACCCCCUACGAUAUCGCGUUGCAGCUUGAGACAACUGCAGCCCAACUCCGCAGCUUCUCAAACCUCCCAGAGGCUCAACGCGAGGGAGCCAUCAAGGCAGCUUUCCAAAAUCUUCGGGUGCAAGUCUUGGAAUUAGACGAAAGGGUACAUCGACUGGAUGUCAAAUACAUCGCUCUCAACAAACAGGUUCAGGCACAUACAUACAAAUAUCCGGACAUGAGAAUGGGUCACAUGCGCAACAUCAAAACAAAUGAGCCCAUCAUCGACUUCCCAUUGCAAGCAAAAGACUUCGGCAGUCUGGAUUCCUCUGAGUGUGACCGUAUCGCAAUCGCGUUAGGGAGGCCGGAAAUGUUAGGCGGAGUGGGAGAAAGACAGCAAACAGUCAUCCAUUUGGUCGGACUCGAUAUUGCCGCCGUAUACUACUGGGACUAG